CAACAUCAUCGACGCCGCUCUGUUCUUUCAUUGGAGUCGCCAACACCCUUUGUCAUCAGUAAGUACUGCCAUUCUUCGAGUUGUAGCCAUGGGGAACAGCAGCAGCAAGUGGUCCAGGCCCUUGCCAGCAACAACAGCCGAUGGAGGCGCAGCAGAAGUAGUAGAAGAGGAAGCCGUAGUCGAAGAAAAUGGCAUUCUUCCAGAACAAGCUCCACAACCCUCGUUGAGCAAUCAAGAACGAGCUCGCUUGGAAAAGAAGGUAACGUCGGCACUCAAACACAUGAAACGCUAUCCCAAGAGCGCCGCCAUUCAACGUCAAAAACUGGGCAAACUACGACAAUACGUGAAUAAAGAUCACGACAACCAUACGAGUCAUUUCGUCAACGCCAUUUUGCAGCAGAAUGGAUUGUCGUUGGUGCUGGUGACCAUGCGACGACACGUGAAGAAUGCCGCCAUUCAAGAUCAUGCCUGUCGCGUCUGUACGCUGUUGGCGCGACAAGAUUCCGUCGCCACCAUGACGGCAUUGCCGUUUGUCUUGACGGCCAUGAAGACGCACAAACGCAACACCAACGUGCAACUCAAUGGAUUGGCUGCAUUGACAUUUUGGGGAAUGGACUUGAAAGAUGGAGAGCCACGAGCACGCGAUGGCGAUAGUAAUCACAAGUUGGCAGUGACAGUGGUGGAACAAAAUGCCUAUCCCGUCAUUUUCAGUACCAUGAAAAAUUACGAGUCCAACAUGCUCAUUCAGGACAAGGCGCUAAAGGCAUUGGUCGUCCUCACCAGCACCGAUCACGACAAGGACAAUCGAACGGCCUUUGUGUCUGCCACAGCAUGGAGAUCCCUCCAGGCCACCAUUACCAAUCACGGCAACAAACCAAAAUUACAACUCAAAACAAUCAAAAUAUUGAGACAAAUCGCCACCGAUCACCCCAGUGCCGUCUGCAAGCGAUUGUCGGUAUUGGUACUGCCCACCAUGGCGGCACAUUUGACGGAUGCGUCCAUUCAAAAACACGGCUGUUCGCUCCUCCUGCUGUUGGCCACGACGCACGAACCCAGUCAUGCCAUUCUAUGGAAACCCGGGGGAGGACGAGAAGCCAUCUUAGCGGCCAUGCAGGCACAUCAAGAUCAAGAAGAUAUCCAAAAGACGGCCAUUUUGGCAUUGCAGCGACUGCCAGCACAAACCACCGCACAACCCAACAAUGACGGUGGCACUACUACUACUACUGCAACAACACAACAACACGACAAGAAUCAAACCAGCAAUGCCAUUAAUCAAGGAAUGGAAGCCAUGAUUGCCAGUUUGCUCAAGGAAGGCACGUCCGUGUCGACACUCACCAAUAUUUGCAAGGCGCUCAUUCGAUUGGCGUCGGCAUCGCACACCAACAAACUCGAUAUUGCCUCGGCCAAUGGCGUAGAGGGGAUUGUCGCGGCCAUGAAACGAGGGGAUUCCGUCGACGCAACAGUCAGUUUGCACCGAUACGCCUGUCAAUGCUUGACACAGUUGGCCGCCGUCGAAGCCACCAAACGGGAUAUCGUGCAACAGGCACUGGCCAUUCCGGUCAUUGUCAAGGCCAUUACAGCACAUACCAUGAAAAGUUAUGAACUACAACAACAACAACAAGACGAGACCACUGAACAACAACAACAAUCCCCCCACUUUUUGGUCUCCUUUCAUGGCAUUCUCUUGUUGGUACGACUCUCCCAACUACUGGCCAAUCAUGCCAAAAUGAUGCCCUCCAUUCCGGCCAUUGUCUUGACCAUGCAAGUGCAUCACGAUCGGGCGACGUUGCAGCACAAGGCCAUGGUGGUAUUGCACAAACUCGCGGCACGAUUUGUCAAAUUCAAAAAACCAAUCAUCAAGGCGGGAGCGCUAGAUGCCAUUUUAAAAGCCAUGUUGGAGCACCAAGAUCAUACGCAUAUACAACGAUUGGGAUGUCAAUGUCUGCUCAAUUUGCAUCAUGCCAAAACCACGUCCAUGUGGAUGGUCCAGGCAGGAACCUUUCAAGUGGUCGUGCGAGCAAUGGCACGACACUCGUCGCAUAUUGGAAUCCAGUUGGCCGCCAUUCGAGUCAUUGCCGAAAUGAUCCCGUGUUCUUCAUGGCAUGUGGAACGGUGGGCCACGCAAGGCAUGCAAUGCUUGGUGCUGUCGAUUCAAAUGCAUUUUGACAAUAUCACCUUUCAACAAUUGGCACUGGGGGUGCUACAGUUGUCGUCGAAACAGCACAGUCGGCCUCGUGUCCAACGCGAGUUGGUACAGGCUGGUGGAAUCGAUGCCGUUCUGACCUGCAUGAAGGACCAUCAUCCGAGUCAUGUCCGGAUUCAACAGUCUGGAUUCCGAACGCUCAACAAUCUGACCACGUCGCGACGACGGGCUGUCUACCAUGGGGCCGUGAUUAUGCAGAAUGGUGGAUGGAAAGUGAUUCGGCAAGCACAGCGUGUCUGUGCGGAAGAUGAAUUCCUGCAACGACACGCCCACACGCUGCUGUUCAAGUUGGUGAUCAUGUUCUUGUUGCAUUGGUUCCUGUGGCUGGCCUAUCACGUGACGUUUGUUGUCGUGUAGGCAGAGGGGCGGCGAGGAAUAAGAAGAAAAAUGACAAUCAUGAAAAACGAAAGGGAACUUUGGUGAAUGUUUUGGGGUGAACUGCUCAGCGGACCAGACGAGAGGAAAACGGCUAGCGAAUAGCCGUCGUCUCGUUGGUGAGGAACGUCAGCUAGUAGCUCAGCUAACUACAGGUUGGUUACGAAUAAACGAGAAUAAAGAAGUGCUGGUUAGUUUA